AUGCCUUCACUUUUCGUUUUACAAACAAAAACAAUAGUGAAAAAGAAUUUCUUAUAUUUAGUUAGAAAAAAAUCAGAAUUUUUUAAAGAGUUAGCAGUUCCACUUAUAUCCGCUUUAGUAAUAUAUGCAGGAAAACCAUAGGAAGUGUAAGAUAGUGAAGCAGUGCAAAAAACUCUUGAUAUGAUGUCUAAUAUGACAAAAUUGAUGCUUCCACUAUAUCUACCAACUGCAAUUACAGGAUUUGCAAAAAAGCACCUUAUCUCCUUCGUUUAGGAAAAGCAUGAGAGAUUUAAGGAAACUUAAAAGAUUAUGGGUUUAACCUAGCAAGCUUACAUUACAGGAUGGCUAAUUACAAGUUAUUUAAAAAUGAUAUCUAUUGCAAUAAUUACUAUAUUUGCUUUGUAUAUAAGUGGUUAUGCUGGAGAAGGGUUUGGUAUGAUUAGCUUAAAUUUUUGCAUCUAUUUAAUUGCCUCUGUUCAUCAGACAUUUGCUAUUUCCACAGUAUUUAGUUCACCUAAAUUAGCUGGAGAAAUAGGAACCUUUAUUCUUACUUUAACACCUCUUCUUUAUUAUUAUAUAACAUAUGGAACACAUGUGUCAGAUGCUGUGUAUAUGCUUUUAUGUUUGCUACCUUAAACAGCUAUUUCAUUUGCUGUAUUAGGUGGAACAAGUGGAGGGGAUGAUGUCAUGAGCAAUAGUUAUAGCAAGAAUGUUGCCACAUACAUGCUUCUAUUUGAUGUAUUCUUUUACUUGUUUCUAUACUUCUACUUAGAUGAAGUAAUUCCAAACGAGUAUGGCAUUAGCAGAAGCCCCUUUUUUAUUUUCAGCAAAAAAUAUUGGAAAAAUAUUUUGUUUAAGAAUUCAAGAAAUAAAUAAGCUUAAACUUAUUUUGAAAAUUAUAAUUCAUUUACACAUCAUGAGUAAGAUGAAGAAUAGAGAGCAAUUAAUCAUACUGAAAAUAAAAAUGGUGGAGAUUUCUUGAUAGAAAUGAGAAAGGGUUUUGGAAAUACGCCAAAUGAAUCUUACAUGGUUUCUUUAAGAAGUGAAGACAAUCCUUAAAAUGGGGAUAGCUUUCAUCAUCUAAACACUAAUCAUAAUUAGGUUUCUUUAGACAUAAACUCUAUGUAGUAGGUAGAAGAUAAAAGUAGUGCAAAAUACCAUUAACAAUUAAAAUAAAAUCAAACAUUAUUUUCUCCAAUCUAAAUUAUUAACCUUAAAAAGUAAUUUGGUUAAAUGUUUGCUGUUGAUGGUAUCUAAUUAAACUUGUAUGAAAGUCAGAUUUUGUGCUUAUUAGGUCAUAACGGUGCUGGUAAAACAACAACAAUUUCAUUACUUACAGGUUUAUUAGAAAAGACAAGUGGAUCUAUAAAGAUUUUUGGAGAAGAACUUGAAGCUGAUUUAGAUUAAGCCAGACAAGAGAUGGGAUUAUGUACCCAAAAAGAUGUCCUUUAUGAUGAUAUGACAGUUACUGAACACUUAGAGUUUAUAGCAAGCAUCAAAGGAAUGUAAGGAAACCAGCUUAAGAAAGAAGUUGAGUAUAUUAUAAGCUAAGUAGGAUUAUAAGCUGAAAGAGAAAAGCUCGCAAAUAAUUUAAGUGGAGGAAACAAAAGAAAACUUUCACUUGGUAUGGCUUUGACUGGAGGAUCAAAAAUUAUUUUCCUUGAUGAGCCAACUUCAGGUAUGGAUCCUGUCUCAAGAUAGCAAAUUUGGAAAAUUUUAGAAAAGUAAAGACACAAAAGAGCAAUUAUAUUAACGACUCAUCAUCUUGAUGAGGCUGAAAGAUUAGCAGAUAGAAUUGCCAUCAUGUCUAAGGGUUAGCUAUUAGCUGUAGGUACUUCAGAAUUCAUUAAAUAAAAGUUUGGCGUAGGAUAUCACUUGACUUUAUCUUGCAAAAAUCCAGAUAACAAUGAAUUAUUUGAAAAAGAUAAAUAAAGAUUAAUAGAAUUUAUUGUAUAAAAUAUCAAUGGUGCUAAGCACAAUGUCUAAAGCUCAAAAGAUACUUUAAAGUUCGUUCUGCCCUUUACUUCGCUAAAUUAAUAUUCAUAGGUCUUAGAGAAGAUUGAAAAUAUGCAUUAUUUAAAUAUAAAUCUUUAAAUUAAUUCACUUGAAGAUGCUUACGUAAAAAUGGGACUUGAGGAUGAGUAGAGUUAAUCUAAAUCAACCACUGAUCUAUCUUCUAAUUAUAAUGAUAACAUUUAAAAGCCUAGAGCAAUAUUUGAAAGUCCUUCAUAUUCUUUUUUGAAUUAAUUAAUAGCAAUGUUUAUGAGAUAGCAUUAUAUGACUAUGCGUAAUUGGUCAGCAAUCCUAAUGAUUUUACUACCUAUUGCCUUUAAUUUAUUGGGAGUUUAUGUAGCUAAGCACUUCUUAGAUAAUAUUGAAGACUUUUUAAAACUAGGGGACGAUAAAGAGCUUAGAAAUACCAUGAAUAGUGAAAUAUUCCCCAUUAAAAUGUACUUCCUCUAAAUAUUUAUUGUCUAAGCUUACUCUAUGAACUCUUCCAUAUAUAUUAAUACACCUGUACUUGAGAGAGAGUUUUAACUUAAAUAUGCUUUAAAUGUAAUGGGUUGUCGUCCUCUGCCUUAUUGGUUAGGAACUUUAGCUUAUGACUAUUUAGUUUAUCUUUUAACCUUCCUUAUAUUCCAUUAUAGUGUACACACAAUAAAAGUGGAAUUCAUUACACCAUAUCUUACUCCAAUAUUCUAUAUAAUGUCUUGGUUUGGUUUAGCAUUAAUAACAUUCUGUUAUGUAUGUGGAUUCCUCUUCAAAAAUAGUAACCAAGCCUUUAAAUCUUUCCCUAUAAUAACAUUUUUUGUUUCAUACAGUAUUCCUUGGAUAGUGCUUCAAAUUACUCGUGGUUCCUACCCAAAGCUUUUUUCAUUCUUUUAAUACAUCUUUUUAUAUACUUCUCCAUUUUUAGCACUUGAAAAAGCUUUUGAAAAUGUUGAUGUAAAUAAUAGAGGAUCGCUUUUAUCAAAAGCAGAUAUUAGAAGCAAUUAAGUUUAUGAUAGAUGGUAAGAUUACUGUAAAGUUAUGCUAUUUUAGGCAAUACUCUUUUUAACAAUCACUAUGAUUAUUGAGAAGUUUUAAUACUCAGUUGCAAAUUAACAAAGUAAUAAAAAAUUUUAACCUCCUCGUUACGAAACAUUGGAUGAAGGAGUUAAAAAAGAAAUAAACAGAGUCAAUAGUCCUUAAAAUAGUGACCCUAUUAAGGUUAAAUAAAUUUUUAAAGAGUACCCUAAUGGAUUUUAAGCUGUGAAAGGAACAACUUUUGGUGUUGAAAAAGGAUAAAUUUUUGGCUUACUCGGUCCAAAUGGAGCUGGAAAAUCUACAACCUUUAAUAUUAUAACUGCUAAUAUACCAAAAUCUUCAGGUUAAGUUUAGUUAAAUGGAAAAGAAAUUUCUGAAAAUAAAACUUCAUACUUUUGCGACAUAGGUGUUUGCCCACAAUAGGAUUGCUUAUGGGAGUAUCUUUUACCUUCAGAGCACCUUAGAUUAUUUGGAAGAGUAAAAGGAUUGAAAGGAAAAAGCUUAGAUGAUAUGGUUGAAUACUAUAUUAAAGCUAUGCAGUUAGAGUCUUUCAAAGUUAGGUCUGCUAAUCUCUCAGGUGGAAACAAAAGAAAAUUAUGUGUUGCAAAUUCUUUGAUUGCUUCUCCUUCUUUACAGUUUUUUGAUGAGCCAUCAACAGGAUUAGAUCCAAUUGCUAAAAGAUAUUUAUGGAGAUGCUUAAAGGAUAAUUUAACAAUUAAGGAUAGCUCAAUAGUGCUAACUACUCACUCUUUAUAAGAAGCAGAAGACCUAUGUCAUAAAGUUGGUAUUUAGGUUAAUGGAGAAUUUGUCUGUUUAGAUACUUUACAGAAUCUGAAAAACCAAAAAGGCGAAGGUUAUAAAAUAAAUAUUAAGCUUGUUAAUUAACCUGAAAGAAAUCAUGAGGAAAUACAUUCUCAUGUAAGAAGUUUAUAUCCUGAGGCUAAAAUAUAAAACGAAAACGACAAAAACUAUUAAGAUUACAUAAUUUAUUUAGUUCCCUAUGAAGGUUUUGUUUUUUCAAAAACUUUCUCUCUUCUAUACCAUACUUUGAAAGAAUAAAAUAAAAUAGAAGAUUUUUCAAUAACCUAGUCAUCGUUAGAAGACAUUUUCAUUUAUUAUUCAAAAUUUUAGAUUUAACCUAGAAACGAAUAAGCCUAAAAUAAUCAAAUUAGUCCAUCUUGA